AUGAUGAUGAGACGCGGGAAGGGACCUGCAGGUGCUGUGCUCUUGCUCCUGUUGUGCCUGCUGCAGCUCCUGCGCGCCUCUGAGGAGAUAACACGCGCCAAACUAACUGUCACCGAGGUAAGGGAUUAAUUCAUACCAUCUUCGGGGUCCACCACCAUGGACAUAAUGUACCUAAUAUGCAAAAGAGACAUUAUACUCAUACUGCAUAUAAUGGAAAUAGUGUAUUGGAAAUUGAUUAGCCUGCAUCAAUAUUCACUUCACAUGUCAAUAAAAAACUAAAAAUAGACAUGUUCUGUGUCUUCACUAACCCUGUCUUUUUCUUCUUCUCUCUUUUCCUUUCUCUAUUUAUCCACAAUUUCAUCCAUAGAUUCAAUACCAAAAUGGUAAGUGUGACUACAGUCCAUUGUCCCUAUGGGAUAGCUCAUCUUGUACACAAUAUGAAGAGGAACCAUUUAUUUGGCAUUUUCAGACUUCACUUCUAUACUUAUUUUACUCCAUAUAUUGUUUUGAGUGUCCGUAUGUUCUGUGUUUUCUGUAUUUUUUUAAAUGUAGGUUCCACCUGGAACCCUGAGAGUCUUCCCCAGCUGAGUCUGUCCACAGUCCAGUUCUCUCCACCCACACCCUCCACUCUCGGGUUCUCUCCAUCACAAGGCUCCUGUUCUGCCUGCGUCCAUGUACGUGUCAGAAUGAAAGCGUCAGGUAAGACUGUUUCCCAUCCACAACCAAUCUCUGUCUCUCCACACCAUCCUCAUCCUCCUCUUCCCAUUUAGAACCUUCCUCCAUCCAUCCUCUUUUUAUCUAAAGUCUCAGUCUCCCUUUCUCUGGUCUUGUGUUUGUUUCAGUCUAUAUCUUUCUUCCUUAACCUGACUUCCUCUCCUUCUCUCGUUCUACCUUUACUGCCAUAAUUCCUUAAUCUUUCCUCUGUGUUCCUCUAGACUUCACUGGGACACUGACCAUUAAAUACCGGGAGCUGUCAACUACAACUCGCAGAGCCAUCUCCAUAAAGAAUGGAGUCAAUAAUGACACUUUACAGGUAUAAUUUCUUGAAAUGGAACCCCUCUCCCUUUCAGUAUUCCUUAGGAAGAGUUAAAAAGGAUAAGAUAGAUGGAUACAAUUAAAUUCACUUUAUUCAUUUUUAUUUUAAGUGGAGUGACUUGUAUCGACCCAUCGUAGUUGGAAAGACCAACAUUAAUCGCUUACAUCUCCAUGACAUUGGCCAUACGAUUUUGGUAAGAUCUGAUAUUUUCACGCACGCACAGACACACGCACGCACACACACACACACACACACACACACACACACACAGUAGAAUAGAUGAAAGUGUGUUUCUGAUCAUGUUGCUGUGUGUGUCUCUGCUGCCUUCCAGUGGGAGUUGGUAUAUGACUGUUUCCCGGCUGACGCAGGGCGAGAGGUGUAUGUGUCUUUGUCCUCUAAACCACCGAGACAACACAGGUACAUCGUCCAGGAGGACAUCUGUCCAGGUACUGAUCUCACAAUCUAUUACUGAUCCCCCUCCCUCACCUGUGAUGUGAUGCACACAUGACUGUAAGUCGCUUUGGAUAAAAGCGUCUGCUAAAUGGCAUAUUAUUAUUAUUAUAUUAUUAUGAGAAUGACAUCAUAAUACUAAUCAUACUAUGACUCUCUGUCUGUGGUGAUCCAGAUUCAGAUCCAGUACCGGAGUUUGACCUGUCUGUGGAUGAGCUGGCUCGAUCCCUCACUGUAACGGUAGCAACUGGAGACCAUAUAUACCAACCGGCUCUCUCAUCUGUUGUAUACACCAGGUUGUGCUACAGACACACAGACGCAGAAUGCUCCAAUCUUUCUGAUCUUAUUACUGUAAGCUCAUUUGCGUGUGUGUAUUGUGUGUAUUGUGUGUGUGUGUAUUGUGUGCGUGUGUGUGUGUGUGUGCGCACAUGUGUGUGUGUGUGCGUGCGUGCGUGUAUAGAGGUGUGUUAAAAAGGUUAAAGUUGUUUAUAACAUAGGUUAAUAAUCUGUUUAUGAAUAGUCUAUGUUGUUUUCUCCAGAUUUACACCAAUCAGUUUCUGUCAGUGACUCUCAGGUUCCCCUACCUGCUGCCCUGUGUCUGUGUACAGGUAAGGUCUGACUCAGCUACAUAUCACAAUGAGCAGAGAUAACUAUCAGAUAAGGUGCAAAGGACUGUGACAGUACUGCAUGGCUAAAACUACAGUAUGUCUCAUGUAAGUGUCUGUCUGUCUGUACAUAUGCCUGCAGGUAUAUUACACACACUUGGAUGCAAGGCGAACCACAGUUUGCCCGUUUGUGAAUGGCUCAUUAGAUGGUGAGUACACCUCUGAUUAUUCACUUAUUGCUUGUCUCUUAGACCUGCUUGAGUUGCCAUAGCUGAUGAUUAGCUUCAGUUUCUGUGUGUGUUGUUACCUGAACAUUUCCAGUGAAUCAGACCAGGGGAAACCAGGGGCUUUCUGCUGGAGCAAUUAUUAUUAUGAGUCACAGACAAACUAGCAGAGCAUGCAGUCCUCACACUAUCAGUAACAGUGCACGGUCUGUGUUUGACCACCAGGGGGCAGAGACGUGUGGCGCUCCAGUAAUGUGACUCUGUAUGGUGAGUUGGGUUCGAGCAUGGCCUGGAGUGCCCUGUGUCCUGCUGCUUACCUGAAGCCCUCUGCCUCCCUCUGCUGGCGACACCAGAGAAACACACCCCACUGCAAUCCCAUCCUCAACUCCACACUGGAGGACAUAGAGCAGAAGGGAGAUCUGGUAAGUGCUGAUGAUGAUGAUGAAGAUGAUGAAGAUGAUGAUGAUGUGAUUUUUCUACCGAAAAAAUUAAUGUUUGCGGGAAAAACCACCCUUUUGUGGGAAGAAUUAUAAAAGAUUUUACAAAAUUUUUUCCAGACAUGACUACCUUAUAUGCCCUUUGUAAAACCCCCAAAGUGUUUUUAAGGGGAGGGGGUAAAAGGGUUUUUUCCCUUGGAAAUUGAGUGGUUGUGUAUGGCCUUUUUGGGGGAAAGGAAACAAAAUAUUUAAUCUUUAAUGAGGUUUAGUAGGAAGGGGUUUGAGGGUGUGUCAAGAUAAGUGUGGGUUUUCCCCAGCAGUUUAAUUUUUUGCGGUGGUCCCACCCAAGGAAAAUCGCCAACUUGCCAAAAAAUUUUUGGGAAUAAUGGACAUUUUGGGGCCACUUUGAAUUGAACCCACCCAAUAAUGAGGCUGCGGGGGCAAAAGGGGGUAACCUUUAGGAAGGUGUUUAAAUGUUUGAUUCAGGUAGGGAAACAACUUUUAAAUUUUUUUGGAAUGAAAAUGUUAGUCCCGGGAGUAGGGAAGACGGCGCUUGUAACCCCAAAGGUAGGGGGUCCCCCGGGGAACCCAAAAACCAAAAAAAAGUAUGCCAGCAGGGACUUUAACGUUUGGAUAAAAAGCGUCUCGAAAAGGCAUAAGGAUUAAUUUUUAUUGGGUAGUUUAAAAGGAAAAGGGGAUAAAAAAUUUAGCCUGAGAGGAGGGGGGAAGAAAAGGGAGGGGCGAAAGAAAAAAAAAAAAAGGAGGGAGGAGGAAAAAGGGAGGGGGGGGAAAAGGGAGAGAAAGGGGAAGAGAAAAGGGGGAGAAAGGGGGGAAAAGGGGAGAAAGAGGAAGAGAGGAGAGAAGAGAAGCAAAGAGGGGGGAGAGGAAAGAAGAGAGGGAGGCAACCGCGAAAAGAGAGGGACGAGAAGAGGAAAGGGGCGAGAAAAAGGGAGAGAAAGAGGGGGAGACCGAGGGGGAGGGGAAAAGGAGGGAGCGAGAGAGGCGAAAGGAAGCGGGGAGGUAAAAGGGAGGAGGGGGGGGGGAGGGGCGGGGGGAGGGGGGCGUUGAGGGAGGGCGGGGGGGGAGGGGGGGGGAGGAAAGAGGGGGAAAAAAAGGGGCGGGGGGGGGGGAGAGAGGAAAAGGGGAAGAGGAGGAGAGAUGGGGGAGGGAACGAGGGAAGAGAGGAGAGCCGGCGGGAAGAAAAGAGGGGAGGAGGAGGGCGAGGAGAGAGAGAGAAGAGGGGGAAGAGGAGAAAAAGGAGGGAGAGAGGAAGACCCUUACUUCUCUCUUCUUCCCCUUUCUCCUUCUCUCUCUCUAUUUUUUUCCCUCUCUCUUUCUCUUCUCUUUUCCCUCUCUCUUUUUUCCUCUCUCCUUUUUUUUCCCUUUUUAGUUUUCUUUUUUAAAAGGGGGGAAAAAAAAGCCAUGAGUCCACUGUAUUUUUAAAGGUGAGAGACCAAACGAAAGAAAAACAAUUUAAGUUGAAAAGUAAGGGGGAAGUAAAGGGAGAAGGAAAAAAAAACAAAAAAAGAACAAGAAAGAGGAGAGAGGGAGAGGGAGAGGGAGAAGAGAGGAGAAAAGAGAGAGAGAGAGAAGGAAGAGAGGGGAAAAGAAGAAGAGAGACUCGGGGAAAUAGAGGAGGAAAAAGGGAGACAGACCGACCUAAUCCCUCCUCUCUCCCUUUUUUCGCUCUUUUUUCCCGCUUUAUUUUUUUUUCCCACCAAUUUCCCCUCUUAGUUUUCCUUUAGGGAAAAAAGCCAUGUGUCCUGCCAUUUAUUGUUAGAAGAAACAAGAAAAGAAGGCGUAAAAGAGGGAGAAGGGAAGAAAAAAAAAAGGGAAAAAAGAACGGGAAAAGGGGGAGGAAAACCCCCCCCAAAAAGGGGAAAAUUUUUCCCUUUUUUUCUCUCUCUCUCUCUCUCUCUCUUCUCCUCUCUUUUUUCCUUUUUCCUCUUCUCCUCUUUAUCUCUUUUUCCCUCCCUUUCUCUCUCUCUUUUUUAGUUCAAUUCCUUCCUUCCAUUGUUUUUGCUUUUUGGCUUUUUGUAAAAUGUACAUAUUGCCAAAGCUUACUUUGGAUAUUUACACUAUUAACAUAAUUAAAAUAAUAAUAAUCAAUAUUGUCAACGGGACAACAGUAACAACAAUAACCAAGGUUCAAAUAACCAUUGAACAAUAACAAUAUAGAGGACAUGUGCAGGUUGGUUGGUCUGUCAGACACUGUCCCUCAUUUUAUGGCAGGCAGCAAUGUAGUGCACUGUCAACGCACAGCUCUCUGCGUCCUCCCUCAACAGGACGGGUAGCCUAUUCUCAUCUUGUCAUUUUGUUUAUUGUGAUUGAUUGGAUGUUUGGUCCUGAGGCUUCAGUGUGUUAGUAGAACAGAUUUGUGAACUCAGCCCCAGGACCAGCUGGAUGAGGGGACUCUUUUAUUUGCUCAGCUCUUGGCAUUGCAGGGCUUGGUAAUGAUAUGAGAGGGGGUUACUGUAUAUAGUUUCCAAAACUUAAUUGCUCUUUUUUGAGUUUUUAUUAUUAGUGGAUAUUGGCCUAAUUCUGCCCUGCAUGCAUUGUUUGUAGUUUUCCUCUGGACAUGUAGGAGAAUCUUACAGAACUCUGCAUGCAGGGUUUCAAAGGGGUGUUUGUCCCAUUUGGUGAAAUCUUGUUUUGCAAGUGGACCCCACACCUCGCUGCCAUAAAGUGCAAUUGGUUCAAUGACACAUUCAAUUUAGCAACAUUUUAAUAGGUAUUUCAAUUUGAAUUAGUUUUUUAAUGGCGUAGAAUGUCCUGCGUGCUUUCUCUCUCAGUUUGUUCUCUGCAUCAUUAAGGUGUCCAGUUGAGCUUAUUUUUAAACCUAAGUAAUUGUAGUGUGUGCAGUACUCUAUAUAUUUUGUACCAAUUGAGAACUUUGGUCUAAUUCCCUGAGAUCUGGAUCUUCUCUGGAAAAUCAUUAUUUCAGUCGUUUACUGCCAGGGUGUCACGCUCUGGCUCCGGGACUUUGUAUUAUUGAGCCAGGGUGUGUUCAGUUUUGUUGUGUUUGGGGAUUAGUUGGGUUGUUAUUGGUUGUUUCAUUGUUUGGUCCAGUGACUCCCAAUCAGUGGUAACGAGUGUCAGCUGUCGGCUCGUUAUCUCUGAUUGGGAGCCAUAUUUAAACUGUCAUUGUUCACCUUGGGGUUGUGGGUUUUUGUUCUAUGUUCAGUCGUUGUCACUGAGGACUUCAUGAUCGUGUUUUGUUUUGUAUUCUCGUGUAUUGCAUUAAAGUCAAUAUGUUCGCUACCAACGCUGCGCUUUGGUCCUACUUCAUAGACGAUCGUGACAGAAAAACCCACCACAACGAGACCAAGCAGCGUUUCCAGGAGUUGGAUGAUGAGUGGUGGAGACAGAAGAGCGAAGGUUGGGAGAGGACUAUAGAGGCCUGGUCCACGGAGAGGAGAGACCCCCAGAAAAUUUUUAGGGGGGGGCUCACGACGUCGGGGGCAGCAGGAGUACGGGUUAGAGGAGUGCAGUAGGUUGGCAGAAAAGGCCGCCAGGUUAAGGGGGCCACUGGUCACGAAGGGGAAGGAAGGUGUGGAGGCACGGCGAAGGGUACUGGGGUGUGUUACCAGUCCGGUCCGGCCCGUUCCUGAUCCCCGUGUAGGGCCAGGGGUGUGUGUCCUCAGUGCGGUCCUGUCUGUUGCUGUUCCUCGCAUGGAGCCUGUGGUGCGCGCCGCCAGCCCGACUCGGUCUGUUCCUGCUCCCUGCACCAAGUCUGUGGUGCGUUUCGUCGGCCCUGUCCGGCCCGUGCCUGCUCCCCACACCAAGCCAACGGUGUGCGUCGCUAGGCCAGCUCGACCUGUUCCUGCUCCCCGCACCAAGUCUGUGGUGCGUUUCGUCAGCCCUGUCCGGCCCGUCCCUGCUCCCCGCACCAAGCCAAUGGUGCGCGUCGCCAGCCCAGCCCGGCCUGUCCCUGCUCUACGCACCAAGCCAAAGGGGUGCGUCGCCAGCCCAGCCCGGCCGGUUCCUGCUCCACGCAUCAAAACUACGGUGUGCGUCGCCGGCCCAACCCGGACUGUUCCUGCCACUCGCACCAGGCUAAGGGUGCGAGUCGUCAACCUGGGUCAGCUCGUUCCGGCUACUCGCACCAAACCAAGGGGGCGAGUCGUCAACCUGGUUCAGCCUAUUCCUGCUACGCGCACCAAGCCAGGGAGGCGAGUCGUCAGCCUGAGGUCCGUUCCGGCUCCACGCACCAAGCCGAGGAUGCGUAUCGUCAGCCAGGUCCGGUCCGUCCCUGCCUCACGCGCCAAGCUAGGGGUGCGCGUCAUCAGUCCGGAUCCAGCCAGCUGGGUGGGAUCGGACCGGGGCCAUUACGGGGGGAUGGAUGUAGGAUGGUGGUCAAGCCCGGAGCCAGAGCCGGAGCCGCCUCCAAAGAGAAACACCCACCCAGCCCUCCCCUAUUUGGGUUCUUUGAGGCGCGGUCGCAGUCCGCGCCUUUAGGGGGGGGGUACUGUCACGCUCUGGCUCCGGGACUUUGUAUUAUUGAGCUAGGGUGUGUUCAUUUUUGUUGUGUUUGGGGAUUAGUUGGGUUGUUAUUGGUUGUUUCAUUGUUUGGUCCAGUGACUCCCAAUCAGUGGUAACGAGUGUCAGCUGUCGGCUCGUUAUCUCUGAUUGGGAGCCAUAUUUAAACUGUCAUUGUUCACCUUGGGGUUGUGGGUUUUUGUUCUAUGUUCAGUCGUUGUCACUGAGGACUUCAUGAUCGUGUUUUGUUUUGUAUUCUCGUGUAUUGCAUUAAAGUCAAUAUGUUCGCUACCAACGCUGCGCUUUGGUCCUACUUCAUAGACGAUCGUGACACAGGGCCCAGGUCUGGCAGUACUGCUCUACCAGGUCCAGGCUCUGCUGUAGGCCAUGUGCUGUGGGUGACAGCAGGCAUAGGUCAUCUGCAAAGAGCAGGCAUUGUGGAGACUAACACCAGGGGCUGAGGAUUUUUCUAGAAUAGUGGCCAAUUCGUUGAUGUAAAUAUUGAAGAGUGCAGGGCUCAGAUUGCAAUCCUGGUGAAGGCCCCGCCCCUGGUUAAAGAAUUCUGUUAUUUUCUUACCAAUUUUGAUGCUGCACUUAUUGCCAGUAUACAUUUAUUUAAUUAUAUAAUAUGUUUUACCUCCUACACCACUUUCAAUAACUUUGUAGAACAGUCCUGUAUGCCAAAUAUAAUCAAAUGCUUUUUGGAAGUCGAUAAAGCAAGCGUACAUUUUGGUAUUAUUUUGGUGGACAUGUUUAUCUAUCAGGGUGUGUAGGGUGUAAAUAUGAUUGGUCGUGUGAUGUUUUGGUAUAAAUCCAAUUUGGCUUUUACUCAAGACAUUGUGCUUAUUAAGGAAGUUUAGAACUCUUACAUUUAUAAUAGCACAGAAAACCGUCCCCAGGUUACUGUUCACACAAAUGCCUCUGUAAUUGUUAGGGUCAAAUUUGUCUCCGUUCUUAAAGAUUGGGGUUAUGAGUCCUUGAUUCCAGAUGUCAGGCAAAUAACCUACACUCAGGAUCAAAUUAAACAGUUUUAAUAUAGCCAAUUGACAUAUUGCACUAGUGAAUUUGAGCAUCUCAUUUAGGAUGCCAUCAUGGCCUGAAGUUUCUUAUAGAGCUCCUGGUUAUAGCUUUGUCUAUCUCACCUCCACUAUCCCAGCAUCCUUUGCUGCACAACUCUGUGUCCGGCAGGAGAAGGGAUGUGUGUCCAGAGGAGCUAUAUACUUAAUAAACAUUGUAAGAUAAGACACUAUCACCAUAAUAUAGAGACAUGAUAGGCUCUAUAAUAUGCUGUCUUGCGUGCUCCGACCGAACUUUGCUAUUUUGUGAAUCUUUUGCCGUUUAUCUUUACUUUUUCGUGUUUUCUUUAUUAUAUAUUUAGUAUUUUUAUUAAUUAUACUAGUUUUGAUUACUGCACUGUUGGGUAGAGCAUUCAAGUUAAGCAUUUCACUGUACUUGUUUAUGUGACAAUAAAACUUGAACUUGAUAGACACUGCUGGUCCAUGCUGUUAAGAGUGCAGUUUUCUGUUCUACAGGGUGGGGGCACCAGAGAGACACAGCUGAACCUGCCUUUAUCAUCCCUGACUCAGGGUCUAUGUGUGCAGGUACGAACGACCUAACUAUGAAUGGCUUUUGUAUUACGUGAAAGCAUCGCUUAUCUUACUUUGACUUUUUCUUUAUUUCCGUUUCACACUCUCUUUAUCUCUGUAGGUCUGGCGGUCAGAUCCUGCACAGUAUGGGAGGAGACUACUGUGUCCUGACUGUGAGUUCACCCUCAUUUACAUUUUAGUCAUUUAAUCAUCACACACACACACACACACACACACACACUCCUUCCAACACUUAUACGUAGUAUCCUCAUAUGCCUCCUCAGAUUCUAACAGGAGAUGGGGUCUCUAUGCUGUUGCAGCCUUGACACUUCUGGUUACUGUGGCAACGCUGGGAAGCCUCAUCCACUAUGUGACCAAGAAGGGAGUCACAGGUCAGUUUUCUUGUACUGUACGUAGACCUUUGUAGCCCCUUCUUGUGUCCUCAGUCAUAUUGCAUUGCAUUAAUAUUGAGUGCUGUCCUUGACCUAUCUGCUCUGUCUGUGUGUCUGUCAGUCUCACCUUAUCCUUCAAUCCUAACACACUUAAUUUUAUCCAUUGAUUUAAUACCAACGGCAUAAUGGCCAUCAUUAGCUAAAUCAUUGAGAAAUCAAGCAAUAAAUGAAAAUCAUUUCCAAUCUCUAUUUUGUCUGUCUGUCGAUCUGUCUGUCUGUCUGUCUGUCUGUCUUUAUGUCUGUCUCUAUGUCUGUCUCUCUCUCUCUCAAUCUCUCUCUCUCUCUCUCUCUCUCUCUCUCUGUCUUUCUGUCUGUCUCUCUCUCUCUCAAUCUCUCUCUCUCUCUCUGUCUUUCUGUCUUUCUGUCUGUCUGUCUGUCUGUCUGUCUGUCUGUCUGUCUGUCUGUCUGUCUGUCUGUCUGUCUGUCUGUCUGUCUGUCUGUCUGUCUGUCUGUCUCUCGCUCUCUUCCCUUGACCCUCUACUUCUUUGUAUAUGUCUUUGUGUGUGUCUCUGCCCCCCCCCCCUCUUUCUCCCUGCAGGUUGGCUAUUCAUCCAGAGGCCUGUGUUGUUGGUAUGUUCCUCAGAGCAGUCAGCCCAUGUAUCUGCCGUGUGCGCUUUGGCCUCCUUCCUACAGGGGGAGUUGUGUGCUGAAGUGCGCAUGGCUUUGUGGGCCCAGAGCUCCAUUGGGGCUGGUCCUGGGGCUGUGGAGAGGUCUUGGGCUGGGGUGGCUGAACUGGGCCCUGUGCCCUGGCUGUAUGGACAGUGGGAGGCAGUUAGAGAGGCAGGAGGCCAGAUGCUGAUCGUAUGGAGCGCAGAGGCUAAGGAGUCUUACAGGAGCUGGAGAGAAGAGAGGGAGGGAGGGGAUAGGAGAGAGGGGGAAAAGACAGGAGGGAGUAAAGGAGAGGAGAUGCAACGAGGGGAAAGGGGAGGAGAAGAGAUGGAAGGACUUGAGAAAACAAGAGGGGAACAGGAGCAAGCAGGAAUGAAGAAAGGAGGGGAAUGGAAAGAGGAGAGUAGGAGCGGAGAGGAGAGAGAGCCCUCUUCAGUGACAGGGCCAGUGUUCAGGGCUGCCCUGUCCUGUCUGCAGGGGGCACUAGAGGGGGAAGGCAGGGUCCACGGCUUCACCAUUGUCUACUUCCAGGGCCUCUGUCACAGCCGAGACAUCCCCAAGGACCUCAGAGGAGUCCCGCGCUACUGCCUGCCUCAGGAUUUCGGAGGCCUGAUACGUGAGCUGGGCAGGACCGCUAGAGGGAGGAACAGUGUGAUUGGCAGCUGGGACUGUUCCUCUCCAAUACACUGUCACUUUGGUUGGCACGACGACUAA